UGCGCUACUGUCCCGGCGCGCGCGCAGGAAGGGAGGGCGAUAUUUGUCCGGUCACAAACACUCAAUGGUCCGAGCGCAACGGUUAAAAGCGGGAGCAAACACAUGUCGAAGCAGAGUCAGAGCACUUAGACAGUAAAGGAAUGAAAUUAUGUUUGAGCGCGACUAUCAGGCAGGAGGACAAACAGAAACGCGCGCAGUGAACCUUACCUCAGAAAACGCUGUUUCGCGCGGAGCUGUCCAAGGUGGAGUAGGAUGAUGGGAUGAAGCACCUGUUGCUAUGCCAAUAUCCACAAACGAGAACGAGGAUGCGAUCAAUCCACCUCUGCUCGGAAUGCUGAAAUUUGGCUAUAUAAAUGGAUUGACCCGCGUAAGCCAUUUAAGCGCUAGAUAUUAUAUGCUAAUUAUAUGCAAAACUUUUCAGGUUUAAACCCUCACCAUGGCUGGAUGUCGGAUGCAUUGAUGUUAAACUCUAAAUAAUCAGCUUCAUCUGGAAACCAUUAGGCUACACUUUAGUCAAUGAUUCACGAGUGCCCAUUUUAAUUCAACACCGUGAUAUGGACGUGGAAAAAGUCAGUUGUGUUAACGAAAUGCCAAGAGGUGCUGGCAGAGUCGCUCGCGCUGCAGGGUUCGCGGCUCGCUGAUCCCCUCACACACUUCACGCGCGUCAAUGACGCUGGCUCCUUGGUUAAAGCUGGCGAGGCUCGGCCUGCUGACUGCCUGGCUUUACUCAUGGCUGCUGGUGGAGGGAUGCGGACCGGGUCCAGGUUACGGCACUCGCCAUAGGCAACGCAAGUUAACUCCAAUGUCUUACAAGCAGUACGUGCCCUGUGUCUCUGAGAACAACCUGGGAGCGAGCGGAAGAGCGGAGGGCAGGAUAACGCGCAGUUCGGAACGCUUCAAUGAGCUCGUGUGCAACUAUAACACUGACAUUGACUUCAAAGACGAGGAACACACCAAAGCAGACCGGUUCAUGACCAAGCGCUGUAAGGACUGCCUCAAUAAACUGGCAAUAGCAGUAAUGAACCAGUGGCCUGGGGUCCGACUCCGAGUGACAGAAGCCUGGGAUGAGGAUGGCCAUCACCCUUCUGGUUCUUUGCAUUAUGAGGGCCGUGCGGUUGACAUCACCACCUCAGACAGGGACACAAAAAAAUAUGGACUACUUGCACAGUUGGCAGUGGAGGCUGGAUUUGACUGGGUGUACUAUGAAUCCAAGUACCAUGUGCACUGCUCUGUCAAAGCUGAUCACUCUGUAGCUGUGGAAAAAGGUGGCUGCUUUUCAGGAUCGGGACUUGUGACAAUGGCUGAUAGCAUGCAAAAACCUAUGUCGUGUUUGCGGCCUGGCGAGAAGGUGCUUUCCUUGUCUGAGUCAGGUGAAGUUGUUCUCAGUCGGGUACUUCUCUUUUUACAUCUGGAUAGAGAGAGUAGAGCCACUUUCUUUAUUUUUACCUCUGAAAAUGGAAAACGAAUGGCGCUUACUCCCAAUCACCUCAUUUUUGCGGCUCCCAAUCUCAAACUGCACCACCAUGAGUAUGAAGCUAUGUUUGCCAAAAAAGUUAGGACUGGGGACUAUAUACUUACUACCUGGGACAACAGAGGACUUCAGCCAUCUAAAGUGGUCUCAAUUUCACUUGAGGAGAGGAUGGGGGUUUAUGCUCCUUUGACAGAACAUGGGAACUUAUUUGUGGAUGACGUGCUGGUAUCCAACUACGCUUCUGUUGAGGAUCACAGACUCGCACACUGGGCAUUUUGGCCUUUCCGUGUACUUUUUUGCUUUUUCCAGACAGUAAUGGAAGAGAACUCACAAAGAGUGGUGGUUAACAGUAGUGCCAUGGUCCCUAAUAUUUGUUCCACAGAUCAGACCUUCCUCACAAAUGUGAUGCACAAUAGUUCUUCCAGCAUAUGCAAGAAAUUCCCAGAUGUCACAGUGGAAACGGAAAAUGAACACAGUUUUUUGCAACAAAAGGAGGUUUACUGGUAUGCAAGGCUUUUGCACACAUUAGGACAGAUAUUUCUUGACCCCCAGAAGUUUUACUGAUGGUCAAGACAGGGAAUAUGCAAACAUAAUGUCAACUGCAAAAUAAAUUAUAGCUUUUUUAAAAACUACUGACCAAAAAGGAAAUACAAUAGGCACUAUAACUGGUAUAAUUACUCACCACAUAUAAUGUCCAGUUACAGUUACUUAGAAUUUGUAAACGUGUUGCAGUUAUGCAUAUACUGUAUGUGAAAUAUUCAGUGUAACUUAAAAAAAUCAUAGUUUUUCAAAUAUGACUUGUCAUAUUGAAUAAUCAACAUACGGACAAUUAUGGGAUUCAAAAUGUAAACGUAUUUUUAUGUUUGUUUUACAAGAAAAUAUUUCAAAGAGUAAUAAAUAUUUAUUUUUAUACUUUUGGAUUCAUAAUAUAUAUUUCAUGUUAAACAGUUCAUGUAGUUCUGAUUAUUUGUUAUACCAAACAGACACUGAUACAGUUGUUGUAAUCCUAUUUUUACUUAAAGUUAUUGUAGUUUAUUGUGUUGCAAAAUAAACCUGAUCUGCUUAGA